AUGUACCCGUGGAGUUCGACAGGAACGUCACCGUUUUCGCAUCCCGACAAUGAAGGCGCGGAAUCGGGGGAUAUGAGCAUGGGGGAAGAGCAGCAGCAACCCCACCAGAGGCGCCAGAAAUUCAACAACCUGCGCGCAUGCCAGUCCUGCCGCGCUUCGAAAGUACGAUGCGACCAGCCUAACCCGGGCAUGCCCUGUCUUCGGUGCCAGAAAUCAGGCAAGCCGUGCGUGGAUGCCGCCAGUCAACCGGGGAAGCGACAGCGCCAACCUAUCAACAGUAUCCUGGAGAUGGAGUCGCGAAUCGAAACGAUAUUGUCGUCCGCAGAAUUGCAGGACAGCGCUGGGGACGGGGAGACUGCCCAUUCCACCGCACUCCGUUCGCCUUCCCAGUUGUCGCACCACAUCCAACCGUUUCAGCACCUCCCCAUGGGAUUCGCGAUACCGUUCAAUGGAGGAAAUUCCGGGACGGAAGAUCUGAACUCGAGCAUCCGAUCAUGGCUGAAUGACAACAUCACCGACCUGGAUGCUCGUACCACAGAGACAAUCUUCAGUCAUUAUUUGACCAACAUGGUGCCCACCUUUCCGGUCGUCGUCUUUGCGACAGGCACCACGGCGGCCGACGUCCGACGGAACAACCCUAUUCUUUUUCUAGCUAUUCUCGACGUGGCCUCGUCGGGAUUCUGUGCGCUUGAGACGCAGCGGAAACUGCGAAAGCUGAUUGUUCAAGCGUACGUGCAUUGCAUGCUGCGAACCGAACAGUAUACUCUCGGAUUGCUCCAGGCCCUGAUUGUAUCCGCCACAUGGUAUCGCACGAUUGAGCCUGUCGAGCCGGGGGAGCAGAUGGAUAUCUACCAGAUCAGCCACACAGCAGCCAAUAUGGCCUUGAUCAUGAGGCUAGGGGAGAGUUUGAAUGCCAAAUCUUGGGGGGGUCCCAUGUUUCCUCGGCGGGAGAUGAAAAAGGGUCCUGGAAGCGCCUUUCAGGCGGACUCGCUGGAAGCUCGGCGCGUGUGGCUUGGGUGUCAUUAUAUUUGCUCGAAUACCUCCAUGUCCCUCCGCGCCCCAAACAUCAUGAGAUGGACCCGUCUGAUGGACGAAUGUCUGGAGGUAUUGGAAAAUUCCCCGGCGGCCCUUCUAUCGGACAGGCUUCUGUGUCAGCAUAUCCGGCUGCAGCAUAUCACUGAAGAAUUCGCGAUGCAUUUGUCCGCAGAAGAGGCUUCAGCUCCCGCGAAAUCCCGAGCGAUUCAGAUCCAGGUAACCCAUCGUGCUUUCAAACGACAGCUCAGCGAAUGGCGUAGGACUGUUGGUGAUGGUUGGGAUGCCCACUGCACAGCGACGAGUGAUGAUGUUCCCGAAGAUAACGCCCAGCGCUUGACGCCACCACCACCGAUUGUGGCAAUCGAGCCGCAUGCGAUUACCGAGUUUAUGGAUACGAUAGAUAAUAUUUUUCGGGUGUUCACCUCACUGGAUAUGUCGACCAUUCGAGCCCUACCCGCGAUGUACCUGAUUCGGAUAAUCUACACAUUCAUCAUCCUGGUCAAACUAUACUUUGCGGCAGCCAAACUACCAGCGCAGGACGCCGUGUUGCAAGUCGACGGACUGCAGGUCUCUAGGCGCUUCAAUCGCGUGAUCCAGAUGACCGCAGGAUGGGGCCCGUUGUGGCCUGCUACGAAACUAACCACCGUGUUCACCAAGAUGCGGUCGUGGUUUGAAAGCGGAGGGGAUAACAAUUGCCAGAGGCUGCAGCAGGCCGCGGCGUGGCUCACGGGAUGGGAGCUUAAGCCCCCGUCCCAGGGCCGAGACGCUCACGCCAUGAACAUGGCCGAAGUUGUCUCGGAUGAUGGAUCAAUUGUCGCUUCCAGCUCACGAGGUCCGGCAUCCUGGGUUCCGUCGCUGGCGUCCACGGACGUGGAUACUCUUGCCUUCUCGCACGAACCCCCCCUCGGCACUGAGUUUUCGAUAGCCCCUCCACCUUUCCGGUCAAUGUCUUGUGCUACAAAAUCAUGUUCUCCUCAGGCGGGAGCUGCUGAGUUUAUGCACGACGAGGAGGUUCCGCUUGAAGGCCAACGUCUGGGGGACCUCCCGAAUAUAGACCAGAUGGACGACGUGGGCAUGGAUUGGAGCCAGUAUACCAACAUGGGCUUUGACUUGUACAAUCUAGACGCGCCAUUUUUGCCAAACCCUCCUUCUGGCUUUGAUCCAGACGCAGCAAUGAAGGAUAAUUGCGCAGAUAGAAACACAUGAUCAUCCCUUGGGAGGUUUUCUGGUUUGCAACUAGCGUUCUGAGCUUUGUGUGUCUUUGAUUAGAUCGAGCAGUUCAUGGAUAUUAUUCACACAUGGGCGAGUCAUAUAUGGCCGCAUCCAUGCAUCUUCAAUCAAUGAUCAACCGCUG